UAACUUAACCUAACCUAAUUCGUCGUGGAGACACGUGUAGUUUUGGAUGCAAGCUUUUGCAAUUGUAUGCACAUUUGUGUAUAUCCAAAAGUUUCAGAAUUAAGAUUAUUAUAUUUUUAAUUUGAAAAGGUGAUUGACAAUAACAACAGCGAUGGAUGAAAUGUUGAAAGAUGCGCGUUUCGCGCAUAUCGCAAAAGAUCCAAAAUUUCGACGCAUUCCUAAAGCUGAAAGGAAAGUGAAGAUUGAUCAUCGAUUCAAAGACAUGUUUAAGGAUAAAAAAUUUACGGUAAAAUAUACUGUCGAUAAACGUGGUAGACCAGUUAAUCAGACCACUACUGAAAAUCUCAGAAAAUAUUAUGAUCUAUCUAGCAGCGAAGAUGAAGCUGCAUCUAUAUCAUGUACUAUUAAAGAAGAUGGCAAAAAGAAGGAGGUAAAGGAUAAUUCAAAGAAAGCAAAAGAGAAAUGUUCUAAUGAUGAAUCUGAUAAUGAAUCCUCAGAUGAUAACGAGAAUGAAUCUGUUCAAAAAGGAUUUUCCAAAUUGGAUUUUGAUGAAAAUGAAAAACAGCUGCAUAAAAGAAGAGGAAAUGAAAGUAACAAACUUACAAAUAAUAUUAAAGAGAGAUUGAAAGAUCUGAGUGUAAAUUAUGCCAGAGGUGAAGGUGUCUUGUUGACUGAUAGUUCCUCUGAAGAAGAAUCAUCUGAAGCUAGUGAUGUCGAGGAAAAGAUUGAACACAAUUGGGGUGAAUUAGACAAGGAAGCUGAAACAACAGAUGAAAUUACACAUAGAUUAGCCAUUUGUAAUAUGGAUUGGGAUAGAAUACGUGCUGUGGACUUGAUGAUUUUGUUAAAUUCAUUCUUACCUAGUGGUGGACUUAUCCAUUCAGUUGUGAUUUACCCAUCAGAAUUUGGUCAGCAGCGAAUGAAAGAGGAAGAGAUUAGUGGGCCAAUAGAAUUAAGAAACAAAGAUAUUGACACUGAAGAUGAAAUCGAGGAUGAUAAUGAAGAAGGUACAACAUAUCAUAUGGAGAAGUUGAGACAGUAUCAAUUGAAUCGAUUAAAAUAUUAUUAUGCUGUUGCUGAGUUUGAUUCUGCUGAAACAGCCAAUAAAGUAUAUAUAGAAUGCGAUGGUGUCGAAUAUGAAUCGACUGCAACUAGAGUAGACCUCAGAUUCAUACCAAAUGAUAUGACAUUUGAUCAGGAACCUAAAGACAUAUGUAAAGAGAUACCAGAACCUGUGAAAUACGAACCAAGACAAUUUACGACAACGGCUUUACAACAAGUUAAAGUUCAAUUAACAUGGGAUGAAACAAAUGUAGAUAGGCAAGAGUUUACUCAAAAGUUAAAUUCUGGAAAAUUACAAGAUAUCGAUGAAAACGAUCUACAAACAUACCUAGCGAGUGGUAGCGAAGAUGAUUCAGAGGAAAAGGAAGACAUAACAGAAAAAAAUUAUAAUGAGAAUAAUUUGGAAUCAGAAGUAAAUAAUGAUCCAAUUGGAAAAUAUAAAUCUUUAUUAAAAUCUAUUGAAGAAGAAGAAGAAGCAAAGAAGAACAAAGAUGUCGAAUUGGAAUUUACAUGGGGUUUAGGCAGCAAAGAAAAGACUGAGAAAUUGGUCAAGGAAAAAAUGAAGAAUAAAGAAGAAUUUACGCCUUUUGAACAAUAUCUAGAGAAACGCAAAGCCAAAAAGAAAGCCAAGAGAGAAGAAAAGAAGCUUAAAGAGGAAAGUCAAAAGAGUGAUUCAGAAGACUCUUUGCCACCUAAUGUAGAUAUAAAUGAUAAAUAUUUUGCAGAAAAAUUUAGAAAUAAUAAAUCAUCCCGUAAGAAUAAAAACAAAGAUAAGAAAACUACUGAUGCAGAUUCAGUGAAUGAGCAUGAACAAAAUCAACGUAAAGCCGAAUUAGAAUUAUUACUGAUGGAUCAAAACGAGGAUGGUAAAAAGCAUUUCAAUAUGAAGCAAAUUGAAGAAAAUGCUACUAUGUCAAAAUCCAAACGAAAACGUCUCAGUAAAAAGAAGAAUUUGGAAGAGGAAAUAAAAGAUGACGAUUUUGAAGUUAACGUUAAAGAUUCAAGGUUUGCCGCUUUGUUUACAUCACAUCACUUCAAUAUCGAUCCUGCAGAUUCACAUUAUAGAAAGACAAAGGGUACAGAAGCUUUAGUCAAUGAAAAGUUAAAGAGAAGAGUUGAUAACGAUGAAUCGCAUGCAGAUAAUAAACAAUGUAAAAGACCAAAAAGCGAAAAACUAUCGACAGAAUUGCAAGCACUGGUUAAAUCUGUUAAGAGAAAAACGCAAAAUAUUUCACAGUCAAUAAAAUGAUAAUUUAAUUAUUAUA